AUGGCUGGCGCGCUGACGAGAGUAAUUCAAGGGUCUAAAACGCAUUUGGGUGUCGUUGGUUCACUAGUGAACAUCAACAAUGGAUCAGUUCGUUUUGCACAAACGAAGACACAGUUCGGGCCCUUGGCGGACAGCGAUCGUAUUUUUACCAAUCUUUACGGACGUCAUGACUGGCGACUAAAAGGCGCCUUGAAGCGUGGUGAUUGGUACAAAACUAAAGAAAUUUUGCUGAAGGGGACCGAUUGGAUUGUCAAUGAAAUGAAAACAUCUGGUCUUCGUGGUCGUGGUGGUGCCGGUUUCCCUACUGGCAUGAAAUGGUCAUUCAUGAACAAACCAUCAGAUGGACGCCCCAAAUAUUUGGUAGUAAAUGCAGAUGAGGGAGAGCCGGGCACUUGCAAGGACCGUGAAAUAAUGCGCCACGACCCACAUAAGUUGAUUGAAGGGUGCCUGAUAGCUGGCCGUGCAAUGGGAGCACAGGCUGCAUAUAUUUACAUCAGAGGAGAGUUUUACAAUGAGGCCAGCAACCUGCAGGUCGCCAUUGCAGAGGCGUACCAAGCGGGACUGAUUGGGCGCAACGCAUGCGGCUCGGGCUACGACUUCGACGUGUUCGUGCACCGCGGCGCCGGCGCAUACAUCUGCGGCGAGGAGACGGCCCUCAUCGAGUCCAUAGAGGGGAAGCAGGGCAAGCCGCGCCUGAAGCCGCCCUUCCCCGCCGACGUGGGCCUCUUCGGCUGCCCCACCACCGUGAACAACGUGGAGACGAUCGCCGUAGCGCCCUCGAUCUGCCGCCGCGGCGGCUCGUGGUUCGCGUCGUUCGGCCGGCCGCGCAACUCGGGCACGAAGCUGUUCAACAUAUCGGGCCACGUGAACACGCCGUGCACCGUCGAGGAGGAGAUGAGCAUCCCGCUCAAGGAGCUCAUCGAGCGGCACGCCGGCGGCGUCACCGGCGGCUGGGACAACCUGCUCGCUAUCAUUCCGGGCGGCUCCUCCACGCCCCUCAUACCCAAGGACGUGUGCACGACGGUGAUGAUGGACUUCGACGCGCUGGUGGCGGCGCAGACGUCCCUCGGCACGGCGGCCAUCAUAGUGAUGGACCGCUCCACGGACAUAGUGAAGGCGAUCGCGCGCCUCAUCAUGUUCUACAAGCACGAGUCGUGCGGCCAGUGCACGCCCUGCCGCGAGGGCGUCUCCUGGAUGAACAAGAUCAUAUACAGAUUUGUCGAUGGCAACGCGUCGCCUAAAGAAAUCGAUAUGCUGUGGGAAAUCUCCAAGCAAAUCGAAGGGCACACGAUAUGCGCGCUGGGCGACGGCGCCGCGUGGCCGGUGCAGGGGCUCAUUCGCCAUUUCAGGCCCGAGUUGGAGCGUCGCAUGGCCGAGUACGCGGCCGUGCAUGGGCCCUCGCAGGCGGAGCGCCUCUAC